AGAGUAUUUAAAGCGUCGACUCACCAUCCAACAUCAACCAGUUGAAUCUUAAGGUUUUUUCCAGGCGCUUCUAGUCCGGUCUCUAUUGUUCCGGACUAUUUUUGAGUGAGAACUGUACCCUGAUCAAGGUAAACGGAAUUAUUACAGAAUGAUUUCGCCCAGUUUGGCAACAUUUGUUUGCCUUUUGAUCUGUCUUGGCCAGUUAGCUGACAGCAAUCCUUACAAUCAUCGUCAACAUUCCUUCUCGUCCCGAUCCAAUUCCGGCCCUAAUGGAAACAGUUACAGUGGAGCAAGUUAUCAAUCGUUAGGCAUUCAGGCUGCAGCAUCUCAUCAACAACCCCAGCAAAGUCGCGGUAAUAACGAGCAAUUCUGGUGGCAAGGAUCUCAAUCACCUUUUAGUGAGACCGCAGCUAAAAACAGAGGUGUAUCUGCUGGCGCCAGAGCUAUCGACACAUCCCGAGCUCACGCUCGUCCGCUGGUUCCCGGUUGCGGCGGAGGGAAAUGUUUCGGAGCCGCAGCUCAUAGCGUUUCGGCAACGGCCGUAGCUUCCAGCCACAGCAAUGGACAGCAUCAGAAUGCUCUCAACCAGCACUACCUUCCCCCACAAGCUUCGGCUGCAUCAUUUUCUCAUGGGUCACAAGCUAAUAACAACAACCAUCAAUCCCAACCGAAUUUUGGUGGUGUUGGCGCAUCUCAAGGACAAGCCGCUAAUGUUGCGCCAUUCCCCGGAUGCGCUGCCGCCAUGAAAUGCGUGACGGAAGAAUUCUGCAGCGUUGACGGCGUGAUGAUCAACACACCCGUCAGACUUUCUGAUUACGAAAAGGAAUACCUUCGCGUCCCGUUGAUGGAGUGCACCAAUCCGGAAACGAAUCAAGUUGGAUUCUGCUGCCGAGACCCUCUUUACGAAGACCCGUGGCCGGCUGAUAUGCCCAUGCCUGGCAUGAUGAACAAAGUUCCAGCACCUUCAGGUCCGGCUCCAGUGCAUCGCCCAACCGUGUCGACAUCCAACAACGUCCGCCCACCAGCGGCUUCAUCCUUUAACAACUUUGCGGCCAAUGGCAAUCGUCCAACUGUUGCAGCCACAGCUGCCGUGUCUUCCAGCAGCAACGGAAGGCCACCAGUGUCUUCUGUAGUAGCCGGAGCUUCGUCAUUCUACCAAACGUCACAAGCCCAGCAGCCAUCUCAAAGUUACCUUCCACCCACUCCAGUUCAAACACAACGACCGGCCAUUAACCUCCAACCGGCUGCUCCGGCCUAUCAACCUCCCGCUCCGGCCUAUCAACCUCCAGCUCAGGCCUAUAAACCAACUCCAGCACCAACACAGAGACCUGUUCAGCAGGCUGUUUCGGUCCAGCAACCUUCCCGUCCAGCCUACCAACCACCAGCUCCUCCUGCGUUCCAAGGAUCUCAGACUCAGCAGCAGACCAACAUCGCUCAAGGUCCUCCACCUCCACCAUUUGCCGGAUGCGCUGCCGCCCUGAAAUGCGUCACGGAAGAAUUCUGCAGCGUCGAUGGUGUCAUGGUCAACACACCUGUGAGAUUAUCUCCUUACGAGAAGGAAUAUCUUCGCGUUCCGUUGAUGGAGUGCACCAAUCCCGAAACCAAUCAAGUGGGUUUCUGUUGUCGCGAUCCCCUUUAUGAAGACCCUUGGCCAGCUGACAUGCCCAUGCCAGGAAUGAUGAACAAAGUGCCAACAGGUCCGGCUACAACAUCGGUGAAUCGACCCGUAAUCUCAGCAUCUGCUGCUGCCGUUUCGACAUCCAACAACGCCCGUCCACCAGUUUCGCCGUUUAACAACUUUGCAGCAAACGGCAACCGCCCAACUGUUACCGCCACAGCUGCCGUGUCUUCAGUUGGCAAUGGACGGCCUCAAGUUGCUGCUUCUUCAUUUAAUGGACAACAGGCCAAUCCGUUUUUCAUUCCGUCUUCACCGGCUCCAACACAGCGACCGAUCGCCCAUCAACCCGCUUACCAACCGCCAUCGCAAUCCUACCUACCACCACCUGCACAGAAACCUACCACGUCUCAUCAAGUGACUCCUGCCCAGCAACCUGCCCGUCCUGCAUACCAACAGCAAGCUUCAUCUGGUUUUCAACCUCAAUAUCAAGCAUCUCAGAGCCAGCAGACAAAUACCAUUCAAGGGCCUCCAGGUCCGUCUUUUGCUGGAUGCGCUGCCGCCCUCAAAUGCGUCAAGGAGGAAUUCUGCAGUGUUGAUGGCGUUAUGGUCAACACACCUGUCAGACUCUCGGCUUUCGAGAAGGAAUACCUCCGCGUCCCGUUGAUGCCUUGUUUGAAUACGGAGAACAACCAAGAAGGAUUUUGCUGCAGAGAUCCGUUGUAUAACGACCCGUGGCCUGCUGGUAUGCCUAUGCCGUAAUAACAUCUUCCAUGCUGACAAAAUUCGAUAAGGAUAACACGAUAAACAUUAAUAAGUUGUAUUGUGAGCCCAACGAAGCCUAUUUUUUACUAAUCCGCAUUCCCAGCGCAUGAAAUUUACUUAAGCGCUCCUGUACUGUUACGAGGUAUACACGAUUGAUUGAUUCCUUUA